AUCUGUGUGAUCACACUGGCAAAGAGUCACCCUAUCCUUCAGAAUGGCAGGACAAUCAAGAGCAUCAACUAUCAGAUAAACGCUGGCUGCAGUCGCCUGCAGAACAGUGUCUGGAAAGUCGAAGAGAAUAUGUACUGCUAGAUUUAAAAAGAAUCAUAAUUGUAUAUAAUCUGGUAUAUUAUCUUCCAUACAUACUCUGGCAUAUUAUAUGACAUUAUUAUCUGGUAAAUUAUACUACUGUUAUAUACUAUGGUAUUGUCAUCCUCUGAGUUUUCUGACUUGGGACUGUCAAACUAACUACACUAACUAACACGUGUCUUCCUCAUUCCCAGGGAGGGCAGUUCCUCACAGAGUUCGCUCCUUUGUGUAGAAUAUCAUGUACAGAUGGAGUACACCAUUUACAGGUGAUUUCAACCUUUGCCCUCGUGUUAAGAUUUUCACCUCUGCAGAUAAUCCACCCUUUAUGGUUAGUGCCAUUCACUACUAUUAGAUCUUUUGAAAUGAUCCUGAAAUGUAAUUCUGGUUGAUCUUUUCAGCUGCAUAAGGGGUCGGCUAUUGGAGGUCAAUGAGGUUGUUCUUGAAAGGCCAAAACUUUUACUGGGAAAGGUGAGGAGCAUUUCCAUAAGCUUCAUACCAGUUAAAACACAUUUUUGCGUUCUCUAGUGUUCUUCAUUUACAUGUACCCCAUUGAGAAGUUAAAUGACAUUAGCAUGGCUAACUCUCCCACCUAUCUUUCGUGUGUAUCUGACCAGCCUUCCACUGAGGGAUACAUUGCUGUCAUCCUCCCUAAAAUAGAGGAGAGCAAGACGGUCACUAACGGUCUCCUGAGCAGAGAGGAGCACGAGAGCGUCGUCUCUAAACGGACCAGCAGCAACCAGCCUGAGUCAUGC